AUGUCAGCCUCAUCGUCCAACCCCGACGCGCCCGUCUCCAACACCAAUCCCAGUGCCAGCAGUGCCAGCAACUCACUGCUGACCAAAGCCAAGCUCACCAGCCACAGCUGGGUCACUGCAGCCUCGCCCAAAAUUAAGCACAAGCACAAGGUGCCUCCGCUGCCACGCAUGACGCCGCGUGUGUCGAGUGCGGGUGUGUCACCAAUGCCUGACACCAACCUGGUGGACUUCCUCAUGACCGCACGCCAUAGUAAGACCAAGACGCCCCGCUCACGCAGCAUGAGCAGCAGCGGCGGCAAGGCCAAUGAGGUGCGGCGCGCGGUGAACCGGUCGCCUGGGCUGAAGCGCCAGGGCUUCUCUCUACCCACGCUGCGGCUGGACGGCACCAAGUACCGUGAGAUCUGCAACCUGACCACCCACGGGUUUAACCCGUUCAUCUUCCGCAGUGUGGUGUACUACGGCCCUCUGUUACUUAAGACGGGCGUGAAGAAGUGGCGGCGUGUGUUUGGGAUUGUGUGCGGUAAUUCGUACAUGUACAUUGUGGACGAGGACAUGGCCAACAAACCAGCCAAGCACGCGACCACCAGACACCCCACCACCAAGACAGCCUUCACCCAGCCUCUCAUGCAGCUGACUAUUCUCCGGUGUGUGCGCGUGCCUGUGGCCCAGUGA